GGUGACCCAAGACUCAGGACCCAGGAGCAUGAGGCUUGCAGGACAAGAGACAGCUGGCCAGCUACAGGUGACGCCGCCGCUCACACCCAAUGGCAGUGGGCUGAGCCAGGAGUUUGAAGGCCAUUGGCCGGAGAUCCCGGAGAGGUCCCCAUGUGUGGCCGGGGUCAUCCCUGUCAUCUACUACAGCGUCCUGCUGGGCCUGGGGCUGCCUGUCAACCUCCUGACCACAGUGGCCCUGGCCCGCCUCGCCACCAGGACCAGGAAACCCUCCUACUACUACCUUCUGGCGCUCACGGCCUCGGAUGUCAUCACCCAGGUAGUCAUCGUGUUCGUGGGCUUCCUCCUGCAGGGAGCGGUGCUGGCCCGAAAGGUGCCCCAGGCUGUGGUGCGCGUGGCUAACAUCCUGGAGUUUGCUGCCAACCACGCCUCAGUCUGGAUCACCGUCCUGCUCACGGUCGACCGGUACAGCGCCCUGUGCCACCCCCUGCACCAUCGGGCCACCUCAUCCCCAGGCCGGACCCGUCGGGCCAUCGCUGCUGUCCUUGGUGCUGCCCUGCUGACUGGCAUCCCCUUCUACUGGUGGAUGGACGUGUGGAGGGACGAGGACCCCCCCAGCACACUGGACGAGGUCCUCAAGUGGGCUCACUGCCUCAUCGUCUAUUUCAUCCCUUGUGGCGUUUUCCUGGUCGCCAACUCGGCCAUUGUCUGCCAGCUACAGAGAAGGGGCCAGAGUGGGCCUCGGCCCCGGGUGGGCAAGAGCACCGCCAUCCUCCUGGGUGUCACCACGCUCUUCGCCCUGCUUUGGGCGCCCCGGACCUUUGUCAUGCUCUACCACCUGUACGUGGCCCCCGUCUACCGGGACUGGAGGGUCCACCUGGCCUUGGAUGUGGCCAACAUGGCGGCCAUGCUCAGCACAGCAGUCAACCUCGGGCUCUACUGCCUUGUGAGCAAGACCUUCCGGGCCACUGUCCACGAGGUCGUCCAUGACGCCCACCUGCCCUGCACCCUGCGGUCACAGCCAGCGGGCGUGGUGGCGGAACCUGUGCUGAAGCCUGCAGGACUCCCCAAAGGGGCAGAACUGUAG